AUGGCUAUCAUCGGAGGAGUUGGAAGUAUUUACACGCGCGGUCUUUGGGACUUCGCUUUUUGUAGAUUUCUCGUUGGCACUUCCUUCGACAACUGUUUUAUGAUAAUGUUUAUAUUAGUUCUAGAGUAUGUGGGUCCUAAAUAUCGUUCUUUAAUUGGCAAUAUAUCAAUAGCGCUAUUCUAUGGAGGAGGUGCUAUAUCCUUACCAUGGCUUGCCAUCUGGCUCGGUGAUUGGAGAAGAUUGUUGUGGGUGACAUGUAUACCACUCUUGAUGAUAAUAUUCAUACCUUUUACCAUUCCAGAGAGCGCAAGAUGGUUAUCCUCUCGCGGUCGUACACGAGAAGCAAUCAAGGUUUUAAAACGAUUUGAAAGGAUAAAUGGUACUAAAAUUCCCCAAGAUGUAUUAGACGAUUUUAUAGUAUCAUCAAAUAAACAGAAAGAUUCUAAUGAAUCUCUAAAAGACGGUUUUAAAAGUCCACCCAUUCGUAAAAUGAUAAUUUAUAUGGCUCUCACCAGCAUGGGUGGUGCUGUUAUUUUUGACACACUCGUAAGAUUAACUGAAGGACUGGGCUUUAAUUUUUUCAUAACCUUUACAUUGGUAUCUGCGACUGAAAUACCGUCAGUUAUUUUGGUUGCAUUUACUCUAGAUAGAUUGGGCCGCAGAAAUCUUACAUUAAUACCUGUGAUAACGACUGGAUUUUUAAUCUUAGCUGCAGCAAGUGUCCCUAAAGGUACAGCACGUGUGACUCUGGCAGUUCUAGCUAGAUUUAUGAUUAAUAUGAUGAUGACCGCCGUCACACAGUGGGCAACUGAGAUGUUCCCAACAGCCGUUAGGGCUUCGGGCACUUCUCUCAUGCACGUCAUAUCGUUUGCAGCCAUCAUAGCAUCUCCAUUCAUUGCUUUCUCUGAGAGAUUAUGGUAUACCCUCCCUUUCAUAAUUGUCGCGGGUAUAGCGUUCUCUGCGGGUGUUUUUACACUGCAACUACCCGAGACUAAAGGCAUUCCCAUGCCCCAGACUAUCCAAGAUGCUGAGAAACUUAUACAGAUGAAUAUGUUUUGCAGGAACAGGUCGAAAUCAGACGAAGGCUUACCUAGUGAGAAGAGCUAG